GAUGACGCAACGCUGUAGAACGUGGUAUACAUAUGCGUUCUGAACACUUUGAUUUUCACUAACCUGUCCUCACUAACCUAUCCAAAAUAACCUAUCAACACUAAUAACAGUCAUAAUGCCUUUCGCACUCAAGGGAAUGCCCAUUAGCAAGCUCAAGGGGAACUGGACAUGUCUCCUCAAUGAAGACAGACUCCAGCGCUCGUCGCAAGUUCUGUCAGUCAUUGAUCAGACAGUAUGCGUAUUUGGUGGCGAGGUGAAGCCUCGAGAGCCUGUAGACGAUCAAGUCGACGUCUUCUCACUAAACAAUGACACACCCAAUCUCGAAACCAAGUCGCAUUCGUCGGCUCCUAGCCCCCGCGUUGGAAGCACAUCUGCAGUUAUCAAUGGAAACAUGUACAUUUUCUCCGGACGAGGCGGCACUGAAAUGGCCCCUAUCGAAGAGCACGGCGCAGUUUGGUCCUAUAACCCCUCAUCUUCAUCCUGGUCAAACAUCUCCCCAGCAGACUCAUCGAAACCACAUCCACCAGCACGCAGCUACCACUGCUCUGCCAGCGACAACCAAAAUAACAUAUUCAUCCACGCCGGCUGCCCCACUUCAGAUCGCCUCUCCGACCUCUGGAAAUUUGACAUCUCCGACCGCACAUGGACACAACUCCCCGAUGCCCCCGCUCCUCACCGUGGAGGCGCAUCCAUCGCCUACAAGUCUGGUAAGCUGUACAGAAUGCAUGGCUUUGACGGGACGACAGAGCAGGGUGGCAGCAUUGACAUCUUCGAUAUCUCGUCCAACACCUGGAGUACGGAGACUUUCAACCCAGACGGAAACGAUGGACCUGAGGCACGAAGUGUCAGUGUCCUCUUGCCGGUUCGACUUGCACAGAAGGAUAAGUUGAUCACGCUGUUUGGUGAGAGGGAUCCGUCAUCUCAGGGGCAUGCUGGUGCGGGCAAGAUGCUGAGCGAUGUCUGGAUCUACGAUAUCAGCGAGAACUGGUGGACACAAUUGCAUCCUGAGGGUACUGAUGGGGUUCCGGAUCCAAGAGGAUGGUUCGAUGCCGACGUUGUGAAGAACGAAGAUGGGAAUGACAGUGUUGUGUUGCAUGGUGGACUUGGUGGAGACAACGAGAGGCUGAAGGACGUCUGGCGUAUCACGUUCUAGUUAGCACACUAUCCUAUGCACGACCAGUAGGCAUGCAUUUAUCUUGCAUUCGCCUAGAUCUCAAUACAUAGCCUACUUGUACUGUGGCG